UCACAGUCCACAGGCAAACCGGUGAGGAUAUCGCCCGGCCCGAACGGGUGGCUGCGGCGCAUGCAAUCGCCUUAUCCCCCGCCCGUCCCAACGCCACAAACCCAAGCAGUGAUCACGCCGCCUCCUUCCCCGAUCGAUCGCCGGCCACAUAAAUAAGCCGGCGCACCACCUGCUCCUUUCCGCCUAGCAGCAGCAGCAGCAUCGUCAACAAUGGCCGCCCAUGCAGCUCUCGCCGCCACCCGCAUCCCCGCCAGUGCCCGUCUGCACAGCAAGGCCGCCUCCAGGCAGAGGGUCGACUUCGCCGACUUCUCCGGUCUGAGGCCUGGGUCGUGCUCCGUGAGCGCCGCCGCCAGGGAGGCCUCCUUCUCCGAUGUCCUCGGCGCGCAGCUCGUCGCCAGGGCUUCCGGCGAGAACGCCGUGAGGGCGCCGGCGGAGGCGAAGCUGAAGGUGGCCAUCAACGGGUUCGGCCGCAUCGGGCGCAACUUCCUCCGGUGCUGGCACGGACGCGAGAACUCCCCGCUCGAGGUCAUCGUCAUCAACGACAGCGGAGGCGUCAGGAACGCGUCUCACCUGCUCAAGUACGACUCGAUGCUGGGCACCUUCAAGGCGGACGUGAAGAUCGUGGACAACGAGACCAUCAGCGUCGACGGCAAGAACAUCCAGGUCGUCUCCAACAGGGACCCCCUCAAGCUGCCAUGGGCCGAGCUCGGCAUCGACAUCGUCAUCGAGGGUACCGGAGUUUUCGUUGACGGCCCCGGCGCCGGGAAGCAUCUCCAGGCCGGAGCCAAGAAGGUCAUCAUCACUGCUCCGGCCAAGGGUGCCGACAUCCCCACCUACGUCGUCGGUGUCAACGAGGGCGACUACGACCAUGAUGUUGCCAACAUCAUCAGCAACGCUUCUUGCACCACCAACUGCCUCGCGCCAUUCGCCAAGGUCCUGGACGAGGAGUUCGGAAUCGUGAAGGGAACCAUGACCACGACGCACUCGUACACGGGCGACCAGAGGCUGCUGGACGCGUCCCACCGCGACCUGCGGAGGGCGAGGGCGGCGGCGCUGAACAUCGUGCCGACGAGCACGGGAGCCGCCAAGGCCGUCUCCCUGGUGCUGCCACAGCUCAAGGGCAAGCUCAACGGCAUCGCGCUCCGCGUGCCCACGCCCAACGUCUCCGUGGUGGACCUCGUCAUCAACACCGUCAAGACCGGCAUCACCGCCGACGACGUGAACGCGGCGUUCCGCAAGGCCGCCGACGGGCCGCUCAAGGGCAUCCUCGACGUCUGCGACGAGCCGCUCGUGUCCGUCGACUUCCGCUGCUCAGACGUGUCCACCAGCAUCGACGCCUCCCUCACCAUGGUCAUGGGCGACGACAUGGUCAAGGUCGUCGCCUGGUACGACAACGAGUGGGGCUACAGCCAGCGCGUGGUUGAUCUGGCGCACCUGGUGGCGGCCAAGUGGCCGGGCGCCGGGACCGGCGGCAGCGGCGACCCCCUGGAGGACUACUGCAAGACCGACCCCAACGCCGUGGAGUGCAAGGUGUUCGACGAGUGAACGGAGCUCGGAGCUGGUUGCUGGCUUGACCGGUCGAGGCUGAUCAGAAAACGCAACGAAGCAACUACAGUACAUUAUUAUCCUCUAUCUAUAGCCUAUAAUAUGGACCUGCUGGAUUGUGUUUCAUUCGUUUCGAGAUUGCUCGCCGAGCUUGCGGCUUGGUGCUCUAUAUAUCAGACAGGAUUCGGGCAGAAUAAAUUGACCCUUCUUCUGUGAGCUGUACUGAACUCGAUAUAUUCAGAUAUGUCAGACUUUCUCUUGGGACUUUCAAA